AUGUCAAAUAGUCUAUACACAACAUUAACUCGCGAAAUACCGAAUAAAUCCGUUGAUCGUCGAGCAAUUGAGGGCCUCGCACAAAGCUCGACAAGCUUUAUGGAGCCAUGUAAACAUAUCCAAGAAAAACAUUUUAAUCCAUUUUUUAAUUACUGGCACUUUACUUUUCCACCGCAAAAAAAACGACAACAACGGCAAAUAAAAAUUAUUGAUCUAACAGAAACAAAUUUAGUAGAACAUCAAUGUACAGUAUAUAGGACAAUUCAAUCAAAUACUAAUGUUGAAGAAUGUGCACAGAAAUUAAUUAACAUGAAUUUACAUUCAGGACAAGAAAUUGAAUUAUGUCAAAUGAUUGUUGAUAUUUGUGCACAACAACGAACAUAUGAACAUGCUUUUGGUUUACUUGGUCAACAUUUUUGUUUAUCAAGAAAAGAAUAUGUUGAAUAUUUUGAAAAGAUUUUUCAAGAUCAAUAUAAAAUUAUUGAUUAUCUUGAAUAUGUUAAAUUAAGAAAAGUUGCAAAAUUUUUUGCACAUUUACUUGUUACUGAUGCAAUAUCAUGGGCUGUGUUUCGUUGUAUUCGUUUAACUAAAGAAGAUACAACAUCAUCAUCACGUGUUUAUAUAUUUAAUUUAUUUUUAGAAUUAACUGAAUAUCUUGGUUUAAAUAAACUUAAGAAUCGUUUAACUGAUCCAACAUUGACAGAAUAUUUUCAAGGUCUUUUUCCUCGUGAUAGUCCAAAAAAUAGUCGAUUUUCAGUCAAGUUUUUUACAUUGAUUGGUCUUGGUGAUUUAACUCUUGGUACAAAUAUUCAUUUGAUAUCAAAAGUUGAUUUGAAAAAAUUGAUAAUUAAUACAAAUGAAUUAAAUUUCUUUCAAUGGUUAUUCAAUGCAUGGAAUAUUGCUUAUCCAAUAUCAUUAAUAGAUCAAAAUGAUAAUAAUCUGUUUGUUCUUUUUAAUUCUAUAGCAUUAGAACCACCUGUUCCUUUAAAUACAAUAUGGAGCGAAUCAUGGUCAGUAGAUGAAUAUGAGUCGGAAAUUUAUUUUCAUUUGUUACAUCCAUGUGAUUCAUCAAUUCUCUUUUAUCUUUAUAAAUUAUUUCCAUCACAAAAAAUAUUACUUGCUUCAAAAAAUUUCUUACUAAUUCAAGAGGGUAAUGACUUGAUGUAUUAUCAAUGGAAACAUUUAGCACUUUAUCAUUAUUUAUUAGCACCGACUCUUACUUCUACUUGCAAUAUAUGUGGUCUACAUCCUAUAGCAAACAAAGCUCUUUAUGAUUCAUGUACAAUAUUAUCACCUACACGACAUACAAUAGAAAAGAAAAUUGAUACAAAUGAAAUAGAUAAAAACGAAGAUCAAUCAAGUUCAUUAAUAUUUGAACUUGAUAAAAAUUCAUUUUCUUAUACAAGCAAAUAUAAUAUGAGACCAGAUGGAUUUAAUUCAUUUGAAGUUAUGUUUUUAACAACUAAUAAUGAAGAUGAACAAUCAAAUUCUCCAAUAUUCUCAUCUAUUCAUAUAGGAUGUUUAAUGAAUAAUUUUCAUAUAAAAGAAGAUGAACAAAUACUAUUUAAAUAUGGUACUAGUGAACAAAAUCAAAUGCAAGAAAUUUAUAAUGGUUCACGGUUACGUAUUAAUAUAUUAUUUACUGAUAAACCGAAUAUUUAUGAAUUAGUACUAUUAGUCAAUAAUAUACCAUGGUCUCGUCAAACAAUCAAACGUAAAUUAAUUCAAACCAUGUUUCAACCAUUUAUUCAAACUUCAGAAAUUGAUAUAUUUGAACGAAAUAUUCGUAUGAUUAUCCUUUAUAAUAAAUCUGCUCUUGAUAAGGCAAUUAUUAAUCCAUCUACAUUAAAUACAAUAAAAAAACCAUGGAAAGUUGGUAUGCGUCUUGAAGCAAAAAAUCGAAAAAAUCCAUCUAUAUUAGCUAUUGCUAAUAUUACUGAAGUUUAUGAUGACAAUCGUAUACGUAUUAAUUUUGAUGGAUGGACAUCAACAUUUGAUUAUACAGCUGCAAUUGAUAAUCCUGAUUUUCAUCCUUGUGGCUAUUGGGAAUAUAUUCAACGUGUUUUAUAUAAAAAUGUGAAUACUUCGAAAAUAAAUUCACAUUUUACAUUUACUCGUUAUGAUAAACCAAAAUCUUAUGAUGAUUCAUUUAGUUGGCGUAAUUAUUUAACACAAAAAAAUCAAGAACCAGUACCAUUCGAAUGUUUUAAUGAUAUACAAACAGAAGGUAUGCCUAUCGAAUAUUUUCCAUAUGGUAUAACAAAAUCUGCAUUUACUUGUCUUUCAUGUCGUCAUAUUUAUAAUGUCCGAGUUAAAUAUCAUAAAAUGAAAACGAUCAUUCAAAACGAAAUAGUUAAUAAUAUACUUUAUGAACAUCAUAUAGAAUCAGCUAAUCCUACAUCAAUUACAAGUCCAGGUAUAGUUUUAUUGCCAAUACCAUUUGAUAUAUCAACGUUAACAUAUCCAUGUUUAAAACAAUUUCAAUAUUCAUCCGAUUUUUAUGUUCAUUUAACAUGCAACCAUCGAAGUAUUUCUCCAUUGGACUCAACAACUAUUAUAUCAGGUGGACAUUUAAUGGAUAGUGAAGGUGAUAAAAUUAAAAAAGAUGAACUUUCUAUGCCCCUUAUAACACUAUGUAUGCUAACUGCUAUUGAUCUCGUUCGAAAUCAAAAACGUCCAAUAGCACCUUCAACAUCAAAAUUAAUUUCAAAUAAUAAUAAUUUAUGUGACAAACGUGUUAUUGAUUAUUAUAUACGACGUUGGCUUGAUUUAAGUGCCUAUAUAACAUGUUUUCAUUCAACAAGUUUUUAUAAUGAAAAUUCAUUAACAAUAAAUCUAUCUCAAAUAAAUCUUAUACCAUUUUAUACAUCAUAUAUUGAUCCUGAUUUAUAUAUUAAUCUUAAUAGUGGUUUUACAUCAAUAAUAAUUAAUUCUAAAUCUUCAUUAAAUACAAAUAAAAAAAAUCAAUUUGGUAAAUAUGGUGAAUGUUAUUAUUGUUGUUUACUUCGUAAAGAUGAAAUAAAAGAACAAUCAAAUAUAUCAUUACAAAAACGUUUAGAAUUGAUUGGUGAUUAUGCAUCAAGUAUAUAUUAUCUUGAAUUAUAUGAACAAGAAAAAGAAAAUUUAACUAAAAAUGAUUUAAUAUUAGAUGACAAUUUUUUUCUUAAAUUUAAUGGUUUAGAAAUUAUUGAUAUAACAAAUAUAAUUAUUGAUCGUUUUCAAUUAUGUCAUAAGAAUAUAUAUUGUUUAAAAAACCUUGCAUAUCUUUCACUUGAAAAUAAUAAUCUUUCAAUGAUUCAAAUUGAUUUUAACUAUCUAAAUGAAUUAACUUAUUUAAAAUUAAUUGAAAAUCCACUUGAAUCAUUACCAGUAAAUUGUUUAUCAUCAAAAUCAUUACAAACUGUUGAAUUAUCUAAACUUGGUCGAUUAGUUGAAAUUGAUUCUGAUACAAAAUUUUCAUCAAAAUUAAAAACAUUAUUAAUUACAGAGAGUAUAUUAAUAACAUUACCACACACAUUAGCAACAGGCAAUCGAAAUAAAUUAACUAAAUUAAAAUUAAAUGGUGUUCCAUGGUGGGGAGCUGGUGGUUUGAAUGUUAAUGAAGUUAUUAAAUAUGAUUCAUUUCUUAAAAAAUUUGUUAUAUUUCUUGAUUCUGAAGAAUUAGCAAAAAUUCAUCAUAUGUAUGAUACAGAUCUUAAUGGAGUUUUAUCAUAUUCAGAAAUUAAUUUAAUGAAUGCUCAUAUAUAUCGUUAUAUUCCACGAUUAAGAUCAUCCAAUACAAAGAUUUCGAAUUCCGAUCAAUCAUCUAUUGAAUCGACACAUACAAAUGAAUCAGAUAUUUUUAAACAAGAUUCAUUUAGUACUGAUCUAUCGUGUAUUCCACCGACAAUAUUUUAUCUUGAAAAUUUAAUUGAACUUACAAUUGAAUAUCAAGGAAUUAAAAUUGUACCAGAUGCAAUCAAAAAUCUAAAACAUUUAGUUAUAUUCAGUUUAAAUUAUUGUAUUGAACUUGAAACAUUAAGUGCAUAUGUUGGACUUUUACCACUUCGUGAACUCAAUUUAAAUGGAUGUGUUUCAUUAAAAACACCACCAAUAGAAAUUACACGUCGUGGCCAUACACAAACCAUGGCAUUUUUAAAACGAUUGAUUAGUGGUUCAACAUUAUGUAAAAGAACGAAACUCAUGUUGGUUGGUCUCGGUGGAGCAGGCAAAACAAGUUUAGUACGUGCUUUUCGUAAAUAUCAUUCAGAUAAACCACCAGAAAUCACCGAUGGCAUUGAUAUUGUCAAAUGGAAAGUACCAUUGAAUCAACCUGAUGAUUUUCUUGAAUUUAGCGUAUGGGAUUUUGCAGGACAAUCUGUUUAUUAUCAUGCUCAUCAAUUUUUUUUGGCUAAAAAAGCUGUUUAUAUUCUUGUGUGGAAUAUUCGUCUUGGAGCUGAGCAUGGUGGUCUUGAUUUUUGGCUUUCUUCUAUUUGCUGCCAUGCGCCUAAUGCACCUAUAUUUGUUGUUGGUACACAUUCCGAUGUAGUAUCUCGCAUUGAUCUAUGUCAAGACGAUCUUAAACGACGUUAUCCUCAAAUAACUGGAUUUUUUAAUGUUAGUACACGUACACAUGAUAAUAUUAAGGAAUUGAUUGAGGCUAUUAUUAAAACAACAUUAGCAUUACCUUAUAUGGAUAAACAAAUUCCAAAAGUAUGGCUUACUUUUGAAAAAUUAAUUGGUGAAUGUAAGGAAGAUAUAUUGACAUACGAUCAAGUAGCAGAUAUAGCUCCUAAUGCUGGUAUAAUUGAUCCAGGUGAAAUUCUUCAAGCUAUACAAUUUUUAAGUGAUUUUGGUUCUUUACAAUAUUUUUCUUCGGAACAUUUGAAAAAUUAUGUUGUUAUUAAUCCACAAUGGAUUAUUAAUGCUAUGGCUUGUAUUGUUAGUAUUAAAGAUAGUCCUGUCAAAAAGGGACGUCUAUAUCACUCAGAUAUUGAUGUUAUUUGGAAAAAUUAUGAUAAAAAUCUACAUCCUUGGAUUUUGAAAUUAACUGAAGCAUUCGAUUUAACUUUUCCAGUACCUGAUCAAAAUAUGAAUUUAGUAUCAUGUCUCUUACCUGAAAAAGAACCUAAGGUGUGA